CCCUAACACCUCGUUAGUCCUUACCACUCUCUCCACAGAAAAGAAAGAAAUACAUCAGAGGAGCGGCGGCCGCUGUUUCUCAGUUUACCUUGAAAGAUGGUGAGAGUAAGUGUCUUGAAUGAUGCUUUGAAGAGCAUGUACAAUGCCGAGAAGAGGGGCAAACGCCAGGUCAUGAUUAGGCCUUCCUCAAAAGUCAUCAUCAAGUUUCUUCUGGUCAUGCAGAAGCAUGGCUACAUUGGUGAGUUUGAGUAUGUUGAUGACCACCGGGCUGGAAAAAUCGUGGUCGAGUUAAACGGAAGGCUAAACAAAUGUGGGGUCAUUAGCCCCAGGUUUGAUGUUGGUGUCAAGGAAAUUGAGCCUUGGACUGCGAGACUGCUUCCAUCUAGACAGUUCGGUUAUAUUGUGUUGACAACAUCGGCUGGGAUCAUGGAUCAUGAAGAAGCUCGCAGGAAGAAUGUGGGAGUUUUGGAGUUUGUAGUGAAUCUACAGUCAGUUGUAUGGGUGAUGCUCUAUGACAACAAAGAAGAGCGUUAUGAGAAGUACGUUAUUUCCUUUUCUUUUCGGCAGGAGGUUCUUCCAUUUCAUUUGAAUUGA